AGAGCUCCUGACCGGUGGGCUGGGAUCUCGGAUUCGCCUCGAUCAUCGAGUCACCAUGCCGGCCCCUUCGCUGCUGGCGCAUUUGGACGCGUCCAAGGACUCCACGGCUCUGUCGUUGGCUUACGCCUCUGUGGGGGAUGACGGGUGCACCGCCAUCGCGCGGUACAUGCGCGAGAACGUGAUGCUCCGCACUUUGGACCUGCGGGGGAACAACAUCCGUGCAGAUGGCUUGGUCGUGCUGGCGCACGGCCUCCGGUCAGGCGGAAGCAACAUGACGAGCGUGUGCUUCAAGUGGAACCAGAUCGGCAGCCACCCUCGGGGCAUCCAGGCGCUCUGCGAUGUGCUGAAGGACAACCAGUCCAUCACCCACGUUGACUUGCGGAACAACAAGAUCGGAACCGACUGCGCCCACUUCCUGGGCGACAUGCUGCGCCACAACAGCACCGUGACUCACCUGGACCUCAGCUGGAACGACCUGGGGGUGGAGGGUGGCAAAGCGCUGCUCGAGGGCAUGCAGGCAAAUCAUGCGGUGAUUGAUCUCCAGCUCAGCGGCAAUCGGGUUGCAGAGGACACACUCCACGCCAUCGCCUUCAUCCUGCGACGGAACCGCCAGACUGCGCCCAUGGGAGCCAGCACCUUUCGCCAAGAGCGGGCCAUGACGGCGCAGGACCCGGCCUCCCCGGGCCGGGCGUCGCCGUCGGCGUCCGUGGGCUUCGCUCCCACCACUCCGGGCACGCGCACUAACGCGGAGCGCGCGGCAACCCCCGGGUCGCCGGGUUUUGGGAGCACCGCGCGGUCAGUGAAUCUCAACAUCCCCUCCGAGGCGGGUCUUAGCCCCAGCCCCCGAGAGGGCCCAGCCACCAGCACGCUGCCGCCGGCCACCCCGGCGAAGGUGCAGCCUCCAGUCCACGAUGAGGAGACGCUGAAGCUGCUCCAGCGAGAGCAGAACCACAGCAACGCUGAGGACGCGCGUUUCUUCGGAGAGGUGGCGGAGUACAUCGACCUCCUGCAGCUCGACGUGGCAAGGAACAAGAAGUACCGCAUGGACGCUGAGGAGAGGGAGCGGGUGGUGACGAAAGGCUUCAUGGAGCGGGAGAUGCGCUAUGCCCAGGAGAUGCGCGAGCUGGAGAACCUUUUGGCGAAGGCUAAAGCAGAGAAGGAAGGCGAGGUCCACAAGGAGGCAGAUGGCCCCCACGAGUCCUUCGAGGGCAGCCAGGGGAAGAAAAUUGGAGUCAAUGACAUAGAAGGGCACGGCAGACCAGAGCUUGCAGAAAGUGCUCGGGAUAGCCAAGCUGUGAGAAAUUUGUGCGGUGACAGCUUUGUAAAGAAAGCGAUGAUGGCGCUGACGCGCUGCGCGCAGUGGGCGAGGUCUUGCAGUUCGUGGGCGGCGCCGUGCCGAAGCCUCGGCUUCCGGCCCUUCCCGGGCCUUGGGCUCGCUCCGCCGCGUUCGGCGCCAGCGCCUUCCGGCGGCCUGGGCUUCGGCAUCGGCUGGCGGGGCUUCGCAGUGAAGCCCAGCGGCGUCUGGGGCUUCCCGCCGAGAAAGAUGACCACGCGCUAUAGCGGCAUGCAUCUCCACCCCGGCCGGGAGCGAGGGUAUCCGAACCCCGUCAAGCGCUCGGGCAAGGUCAGGAAGCUGCCUAACGUGCGGCUGAAGCGAUAUGACUACUCCGUCACCGCCUCCAAGGACGGCCAGUUCUACUUGCAGCCGCCCUACCCGCCCCGCAUCAACCGCACGGUCCAGGUGAGGCCUCCGUGGGGUGCCAAGAAGAACCCCUGGCCUACCACGGUGCACAAGGACUACAAGCUGAAGUGGAGGAACAUCGAGUACGUCUUCGUGCCGGAGCUCACCCGGAAGCCCCACGGCAGCCCUUCCCGGCGCUGGGCGGGCCCUGUGAAGCGCAUCGAGCUCCUCAAGGGCCGCAAGCCGAAGGUCACCUGGGAGACCCAUGCGCCUGGCUGCAUCUGGUGGGGGGGUGGGGGUGGGGUGGGGGUGGGGAAAAAAUACAUAAAAUGGCACUUCUAA